AUGGGCAAAUUGGAAGAACUGAAGGAGCUUCACAUAUGGAAGACUGCUAUACGGGAAAUUCCUGCAUGUGUAGGUUCUUUGAAGAAGCUGCAAAGGCUUGAUGCCAGUGAUUGCAGCUCAUUGGUUGCCCUUCCCGACUCAAUUAGCCAUCUGAAAAAUUUGUGGCUCCUUGACUUGAGUGGUUGCUCUGGGUUAUGUACACUUCCAAAGAGCAUUGGAUCACUCGUAAAAUUGCAGCGCUUGUCAUUAAGCGGAACGGGGGUUUCAAUAGAUUUGCGGUUUGAUUAUCGUAUCCCUAACUCGAUUUGGAAGUUGGAAUGGUUGACACAACUGAAGUUGUCAUAUUCGGGCAUUUGUAAAUUAUCUAAAUCCAUCGGGGAUUUGAAAAAGUUGGAAUUUUUGGAUAUUUCUCAUUGUGAGAAAUUGAGUAGUUUACCUAGUACUAUCGGCAAGUUGGGCAACCUAGAAGAAUUAGAUGCCUCAAAUUGCAAGAAUCUAGGAGGAGAAAUUCAUGUAGAUGGGCUGUCUUCAUUGAAGAUCCUUCGUUUAAGUUCAACAGGUGUUUCUGGCUUCCAUGGCACAUUCGAUAAGGUUUCUUGUCUUGAGCAACUUAUGUUAGACGAUUGCCAUAUGCUUCAAUCAUUGCCGGAGCUUCCUACCUCUUUAACAGUUUUGGAAGUCAGCGGUCAGCAUCGCACAUUUCCUAAACUUUCUCGUUUAAGCCACCUGAGAAAGCUCACUGUUAAGGAUUGCCCACUGUUGAAAUCCAUGCCUAAACUUUCUCGUUUAAGCCACCUGAGAAAGCUCACUGUUAAGGAUUGCCCAUUGUUGAAAUCCAUGCCGAAGCUUCCCUUAAGUCUAUUGGAACUUUUUGUCUGCAAUUGUGGUGAGUUGGAAGAGUUACCGAGUUUGUCAAGAUUGGAAUUAUUGUUAAAAUUAUUUCUUGAGUCGUGCGGAGAGCUGACAGACAUUAGGGGUCUAGAGGGAUUAAAAUCCUUAGGAUGGCUUACCGUAUCUAAAUGCUGGAAGUUGUCCAACCUUGACGGCCUUGGACAUCUAGAAUCUUUGAGAGACUUGUGUUUAUUGUCAAGUGGUUCAAUAUUGAAAGAUGAUCAAGUUCGAGGCUUUGAAAAAUUGAAAAACUUGGAAAAGCUAGCGGUAGCGGGCUGUGAGUCCCUUGUAAGAGUGGACGUUUCGCAAUUAACACGUCUAGAUCGUUUAAGUUUUCGUGGAUGCUGCAAGCUACUCGAAAUUAAAGGCCUUGAGAGAUUGAAAAACUUGAUAACGUUAAUUCUCGCGGGGUGCCCUAUUGAUACAUUACCAGACCUCUCGUGCUUGCAUAACCUGGAACUUGCGUGGGUUGACAAGCGCUCGAACAUUACCUGA